UCUGCAUCAUCCGUUGAAAUUUGGACAAAAAUCCAGCGAAACUUGCUGAAACCAAGUGCGUUUCUGGUGUCGCAUCAGUUAUUUCCACAAAAUUUGAUUGAAUUAUUUCAGUUUUCACCGAAACUGUAAACAUGAGUGAGGGAACUUUCACAAUACGCACCCGCAAGUUCAUGACCAACAGGUUGUUGUGUCGCAAACAAAUGGUUGUGGAUGUAAUCCAUCCCGGACUUGCUACUGCCAAGAAAGUAGAUGUCAGGGAAAAGUUGGCUAAGAUGUACAAGGUAACUCCAGAUGUUAUCUUCGUCUUCGGUUUCCGCACGAACUUCGGUGGCGGCAAAUCGACUGGAUUCGCUCUUGUCUAUGACACCUUGGACUUGGCCAAGAAGUUUGAACCAAAACACAGGUUAGCUCGUCACGGUCUCUUCGAAAAGAAACAGGUGACCCGCAAGCAGCGCAAGGAAAGGAAGAACAGGAUGAAGAAGGUCCGCGGCACGAAGAAGAGCAAAGUUGGAGCGGCUUCCAAGAAGGGAGGCAAAUAAUGAGAUGGUAUUGAUUUCAUUUAUACCUAAGUCUAGUAAACUUGGGCAAAUGAAUGAAGCUGGUACUUGGUCGUUGCGCGUUUUGCGUUUAUUGUCUGUGACUGUAAUUGCACUUUGCGCAAUGAUGAAACAUCUGACGAGUGCCAUCAAGGCGGACAUCUCAUUUUCGUUCCAAAAUUUUGUAAAUUAAGUAAAAAAAUAAAAAAUCAAAAAAAAAA